AUGGCUAGUGUGGAGAGUUUCGUAGUGUUGGUUCACCACAGAGGAUCCAUUAAGAGAAAAACUCGUUCCGAUGUGAAGUUCACUAAUAAGGAUCCUCUCUGUAUUAUAGUAAGGCCUACGACGAGGUAUGAGGACCUUGUUAGCUCUGUACUGCUGAAACUUGGUCUAGAAGGUGUGAAACGGGUCAUGUUUCAUUGUCGCCGGCAGUUUUCAGAGGUGAGGACACCAGAACUGUUGGCAAAGUUGGUUGACGCGGUGUCCAGCUCGGGGGGUUCGAACCGGAAUACCACCACUUUAGCCACGGUAGCUGGUUCUAGCUCCAGACCAGCCGUUGCAUCUUCCUCCGUCCCUGCGUACGAGCCACCCGUCCAACCUGUCGCCUCCCCUUCGUUCGCUGUUGAUCUCAACGGGAGUGUAGGGGACGAGGUCGGAGAAGGGGAAUAUCCGCGGACCUCUUUACAGUGUGUUGUACCGGCUGAGGUUGGAGAUGGAUUCUUGGAUGAUCCAGAGGACGAUGAUGUCGAGCCGGAUAUGAUUGCUGAUGACAGUGGCGAUGAUGCUGGACCAAGUGAGCCUGCUGGGGUGGGCGGUGGUUCUAGCUCUGGCACGCAGCAGUACCCUCCACAUUUUUCCUCUUUGGACUUGGAUGCCAUGAGGCAGGAGGGGGUACCUGGGCAGCCGGCUGGAUUUGGCGCUAGAGAUGCUGAAGGGUCUGCAGGUCUGACAGAGUUUCAGGUUGGUCAGCAAUUUCCGGAUAAAGAAGAGGCCCUUUUAAGUGUCAAGACUUACAGCAUCCGUCGAGGGGUACAGUACAAGGUCGUGGAGUCUGACUAUCGCCGGUAUGUAGGCAAGUGUUCUGAGUUCGGCAAUGGGUGCACAUGGUUGAUUCGGCUUAGUCUCCGACAGGGAAAGGGAGUUUGGGAGGUGAAACGUUACAACGGACCGCAUACUUGUCUCGCCACCUCGAUUUCCAGCAACCACAGGAGUUUGAAUUACCAUGUGAUAUCGGCAUUCGUUAUGCCAAUGGUUAGGGCUGAUGCAUCCGUCAGUAUCAAGGUGCUCCUAAAUGCCACCGCCACACACUUUGGGUUUAUGCCGACUUACAGGAUGGUCUGGUUGGCGAAGCAGAAGGCUGUUGCCCUCAUAUAUGGUGACUGGGAUGAGUCGUACAACGAGCUCCCAAGGUGGGUGUUAGGAGUCUAG